GCGUUGAUUUUGCACGAGCAUGUCUUCUUAUCAUCACGAAGCGGAUCGCAUCAACGUUACUGUUAAUGAAGAAAUAAGUGCAGUUAUUUACGUGGGUGCAUCCGUUGCACUCGGUGUUAUCGGCUUUCUUGGUUUCACUCUAAAUUUGAUUGUCGCAUUUAUCAUCGUUAAGGACGCUCAAUCACUCUGGACUCCUGUCAAUGUAAUUCUCUUCAACAUGGUUGUUGGUGAUUUUAUGGUAGCCGCUUUGGGGAAUCCUUUGGCAAUGAUUUCGGCGAUCACCGGUGGAUGGUAUUGGGGCUAUAACAUGUGUCUUUGGUACGCUUGGUUCAUGUCGACAUUGGGAUUCGCUAGUAUCGGUAACUUAACCGUAAUGGCUGUCGAAAGAUGGCUGUUGAUCACACGACCGAUGAAAGCAUUGUCGAUUCGACACGCCAUGUUUCUCGCAUUUGCGGUGUGGAUGUACGCACUGUCCUUGUCGUUACCACCACUUUUCGGUUGGGGUAGUUACGGUCCAGAGGCCGGAAAUGUAUCCUGUAGCGUGUCCUGGGAGGUUCACGAUUCAGCAACUAAUAGCGACAGUUACAUAGGAUUUCUAUUCGCUCUCGGACUCGUUCUGCCUGUCGUCAUUAUAGUCACAAGCUAUUUUGCAAUUGUCACAACUACCAUAAGAGUCAAGAAAAAAGCCGGUGCCAGAGGAAGACGCGAGGCAAAAGUAACGAGAAUGGUAGCACUGAUGAUAAGCGCUUUUCUCAUCGCUUGGUCACCUUACGCUGCUCUUGCUCUUGCUGCUCAAUAUUUUAACGCGAAACCGUCACCCUCGGUAGCCGUAUUACCAGCUCUCCUGGCUAAAUCCUCCAUUUGUUACAAUCCUAUCAUUUACGCUGGAUUAAACGCUCAGUUCCCGCGGUCUUUGAAAAAGAUUCUUGGUAUUCGUGAUAUCCAAACUGGCACGAACGGCAGUCAACAGACUGCUUUGACUACGAUCAACAAACAGGAGCAGAAGCACUGAAAACAACUGAUUGGAAACCUGGGUUCUCUUGGGUUUCGAUUACAUAUCACGCGUGAAUGCUGCAACUUGGAUAAGAUUUGUCUUAUUUUAUCGAAACUUCGUAUGUAUGUAUAUAUUAUAUGUUUCCGUAUAUGUUACCUAUGUAUGUAUCUAUAUAUACGUAUUUGUAAUGACAUUUUUAU